UUUACACAAUAUUAGAUCGAAAGGAAGGCCCUUUCUUUCUCCUUUACAAUUCGUUCCUCUCUUCUCUCGCCUAGAGAGAAAGACAGAUAGAAGGAAAUCCACGGUUUUCUUUUUCUGCUUCUUUGGCUGAAAGAAUGGCCGUGGAAACGGAGCAAAGAAAGUACAUUUCUUCUCAGGAGCUUAAAAAGCACAAAUCUCCCUCUGAUCUGUGGAUUUCAAUCCAGGGCAAGGUAUACGAUGUAACCAAUUGGGUCAGAGAUCAUCCAGGGGGCGAGAUUCCGCUCUUCGAUCUCUCCGGCCAGGACGUCACCGAUGCCUUCGUAGCUCACCAUCCCGCCUCCGCAUGGAAGCUCCUUGACCGAUUCUUCGUCGGCUAUUACCUCUCCGAUUACGAAACCUCCGAAGUAUCUAAGGAUUACCGUCGCCUUGUCACCGAGUUCUCAAAGCUCGGUCUUUUCGAAGAAAAGGGGCAUGGUGUAUUCUUCUCUUUUUGCUUCAUGCUCGCCCUCUUCUUCACCUCUGUAUGCAUGGUCGUCGCCUCCACCAGCUCGUUGGCACACCUCACCGCAGGCGUGAUAAUGGGUUUUCUCUGGAUCCAAUCUGGAUGGGUAGGGCAUGAUUCCGGCCAUUAUAACAUCAUGCUCAACCCGGCUUUGAAUCGAUUGGCCCAAAUCAUUACUGGAAAUUGCCUUACCGGAAUAAGCAUUGCAUGGUGGAAGAGAACCCACAAUGCCCAUCAUGUAGCCUGCAACAGUCUUGAUUUUGAUCCAGAUUUACAACACAUUCCCUUCUUUGCCGUCUCCUCUAAGUUAUUCAACUCACUCACCUCCUACUUUCAUGAAAGAACUAUGACCUUCGAUUCCAUUGCAAGGUUUAUGGUCAGCUACCAGCAUUUAACCUUCUACCCUGUGAUGUGCUUCGCAAGAUUCAAUCUUUUUGCCCAGUCUAUAAUCCUCCUCCUGUCAAAGAAGAAGGUGCCUUACCGAUGGCAGGAGAUUCUAGGAUUAAUCGUGUUCUGGAUUUGGUAUUCAUAUCUUAUAUCUUUCCUGCCGAACUGGGGAGAAAGAGCUAUGUUUGUUGCUGCCAGUUUUGCCAUUACAAGUCUUCAGCAUGUUCAGUUUUGUCUCAGCCAUUUCUCUUCCAGUGUUUAUGUUGGUCAGCCACAGGGGAAUGAUUGGUUCGAGAAACAGACAAUGGGGACCCUUGAUAUUUCUUGCUCUCCUUGGAUGGAUUGGUUUCAUGGCGGAUUACAGUUUCAGGUGGAACACCACUUGUUUCCUCGCCUUCCGAGGUGCCAUCUUCGGAGAAUAGUUCCUCUUGUAAAGGAGCUUUGUAAAAAGCACAAAUUACAGUACUCGAGCGUUAGCUUCCUUGCUGCUAAUAAGAUGACAGUGGCAACUCUGAGGAAUGCGAGCUUGUGA